UAGAAAGUUCCGAACAGAGGCGAACGUUGCAUUCGAUCCAAGCGCUUGGCAGUCAUCUUUCACAAUCCUUGCAAAUAAUAAUAAUAAUAUAAUUUAAUUUUCGAUACCAAUGUGCAAAUUGCAAAAGUUUUGUGUCAAUGCCAAAAAUUAGCAAAACGGAUACCAAAAACAAACUAUUCAAACAAUUAGGAUUGGACAAAAGUCUGUCGUGCAGCAAAGGAUCUCGCACGGGCAACUCGGCCAACAAUAAGGAACUGAAAGUCUUGACGCUGCUGCAAACUGUGCCGUGAACUGUUGAACUUUGAACC